UCGAAACUAAUUCGCGCGAAAAUUGCUUCGUUAUAUCCUGUUCCGUGUUCAGACUGUUGACUACUGCUUUUAUUAACAACAAAUUAGAAAAUAAUGGUCUCUCAAGAUGGUUCAGAAGACAAUUCACAUCAGUUCAAGAUUUUGUUGGCCUCUGAUAUUCACCUGGGAUAUAUGGAAAAUGAUUCUGUUCGAGGCAAUGAUUCCCUUGUAACAUUUGAAGAGAUCCUUGAAAAAGCCAAGCAAAAUGAUGUUGAUUUCAUACUUUUUGGAGGAGAUUUGUUUCAUGAAAACAAACCAUCUCGUUCAAUCCUACAUGGCAGUCUGGCACUGUUACGCAAAUAUUGCAUGGGAGACAAACCAAUACAAUUUGAGUUUGUUAGUGACCAAUCUGUGAAUUUUGAACACUGCACUUUCCCAUCAUUGAACUAUGAUGAUCCAAAUCUCAAUAUUUCCUACCCAAUAUUUUCCAUCCAUGGUAACCAUGAUGACCCUACAGGCCAAGGAAACCUUUGUUCUCUUGAUCUGUUUCACACCAUUGGGCUUAUUAACUACUUUGGCAAAUGUACAUCUCUUGACAAAAUAGUUUUGUCUCCAUUGCUCUUGCAGAAAGGAAGAACAAAGCUAGCAUUGUUUGGACUUGGAUCAAUUCAAGAUGAGCGUUUACAUCGCAUGUUUCUCAAGAAAAAUGUCUCCAUGCUACGACCCAAAGAAGACAGAGAAGACUGGUUUAAUGUAUGUGUGCUCCACCAGAAUCGUGCCAAGCAUUCAGCCACUAAAUAUAUCCCUGAACAGUUUCUAGAUGAUUUUAUUGAUCUUGUUGUGUGGGGCCAUGAACAUGAAUGCCGAAUAGACCCUGAAUGGAAUAAUGUACAGAACUUUUAUGUAUGUCAGCCUGGCAGCUCUAUAGCAACAUCACUGAGUCCAUCUGAAGCUGUACAAAAACAUGUUGCUCUUCUCUCUAUUGAUGGUAAAAAUUUCAAGAUAAGUAAACUUCCUUUGGAAACAGUGAGGCAGUUUUAUAUUGAAGAUAUUGUUCUAAUGGAAACAAAUCUGAAACCAGAUGAUCUGAAAAUCUCAAAGAAAAUGGAAGACUUUUGUGCUGAGAAAGUUGAUAAUUAUGUCCGUCUUGCUGAAUCUUCACACACAGGACAUGCUAAACAACCAAAGAAACCCCUUAUUCGUCUGCGUGUUGAUUACAGUGGAGGUUAUGAACCGUUUUCUUCAUUUAGGUUUGGCCAGAGAUUUGUUGAUAAAGUUGCUAAUCUAAAAGACAUUGUCACUUUCCACCGAAAGAAAGAGAUUGAGAUGAAUAAAACAGACAUCAGUGUUGCUGACAGCAAGGUAUUAACCAACUUCAAAACUGAGAGUUUAGAUGCAAUUCGUGUUGAAGACAUUGUGAAGAAGCAUUUUGAAAAUGUAGAGCCGAAAAGGAAGCUGCAGAUUCUUACGGAGAAAGGCCUAGGUUAUGCUGUGAAUGAAUUUGUUGAGAAGGAGGAAAAGGAAGCAAUAGCUGACAUCGUUAAACAUCAGUUAUCAGAAACACAGAAAUAUCUGAACCAGAAACAACUGACAUCUGAGGAGAAUAUCUACUCAAUUGUACAACAUUACAAAGAAGAACGAGCUAAAAAGAAUGAGAGCAAUGAUGACUUGAGUGAAGCAUUGAAAGAAUCCCAGUCCAGAACUGCAAAAUCUUCAAGUGUUCAGCAUGAUAAAGAUGGUAAUGAAAGCUGCAGCAGCAAUGAGUCCCUUGUGUUUGAUGAUUCAGAUGACUUUGGAGUUACAAAUGACAAUGCAGCACCGAGUAAGUCCAAGCGUGGCCGUGGAAGAGGUGCGAAAGAAACAACCACUUCACGUGGUCGAAGUCGUGGAAGAGGGUCCCGAGGUUCCAGGAGUAAAGCUCAGGUGGUUACUGAUAGCAGACAAUCUUCAGACAUGACCAGUUAUUUUACUCAGAAGUCAAAACGGAAACUAUCUGAGUCAGAUGAUGACUCUGACCCAAAGACCAGCAACAGUUCAAAUAUAUCUGUGAAAAACAGGAAGACUACUGAAAGAAUAGCCCAGUCAAUGAAACGUGGUGUUAUAUUUGAUGAUGAUGAUUGAGGUGUGUGUGUGUGUGUGUGUGUGUGUAUAUAUAUAUAUAUAUAUAUAUAUAUGUUCUCUUCGCUGUUUAAUGACUAAUCAUUCUGCAGGACAAAAAUAAAUUUACAAGAAAACAAUUGAAAUAUUUGUAACUUUAUAUAUGUAUAUAUAUAUAUAUAUAUAUAUAUAUAUAAUACACUCACAUGUUUGUAUGUAUGUGUAUAUAGAUAGUCUCCUUGCUGUUUGAUUUUGUUGUAUAAAAAUAAAUUUACAAGAAACAUUUGAAUUAUUUGAAAUUUGUAAUACAUACUUAUAUACACACACACAUGUAUGUGUGUGUUGUGUGUAUUAAACCCAGUAUUUUCGGGAA